AUGGCGGACUUGCCCAAGCCCACCGGGGCCGUGCGUCCCAUCUCAGGUCUGGCCCGCCGGGUGCUGACUGUGGGCUUCGCCCUGCUCAUCCUGGGCCUCAUAACCUGGGCCUACGCAGCCGGCGUGCCUCUGGCCUCGGACCGCCACGGCCUCCUGGCUUUCGGCCUCUAUGGCGCCUUCCUGUGCGCGCACCUGGUGGCGCAGAGCCUUUUUGCUUUCCUGGAGCACCGGCGCGUGAGGGUGCAGGCACGGCGGACUCCGGGCUGGCUAGGGGGGCCAGGCUGCCGGGUACCCAGCGUGGCGCUGACCAUCUCGGCCUACCAGGAGGACCCUGCCUACCUGCGCCAGUGCCUGGCAUCGGCGCGUGCCCUGCACUACCCACGCGCACAGCUGCGUGUGAUCAUGGUGGUGGACGGGAACCGGGCCGAGGACCUCUACAUGCUGGACAUGUUCCGCCAGACCUUCGCUGACGAGGACCCUGCCACUUUCGUGUGGGAUGGCAACUACCACCAGCCCUGGGAACCUGCGGCCCCGCCAAGCCCCCCUGCUGGUGCCUACCGGGAGGUAGAGGCUGAGGACCCAGGGCGGCUGGCGGUGGAGGCCCUGGUGCGGACACACCGGUGUGUGUGCAUUGCCCAGCGCUGGGGCGGCAAGCGCGAGGUCAUGUACACAGCCUUCAAGGCACUGGGCGACUCUGUGGACUAUGUGCAGGUGUGCGACUCAGACACCAGACUGGACCCCAUGGCCCUGCUAGAGCUGGUGCGGGUGCUGGAGGAAGACCCCCGAGUGGGGGCCGUCGGGGGGGACGUGCGCAUCCUCAACCCUCUGGACUCCUGGGUCAGCUUCCUGAGCAGCCUGCGGUACUGGGUGGCCUUCAACGUGGAGCGGGCAUGCCAGAGCUACUUCCACUGCGUGUCCUGCAUCAGUGGGCCCCUGGGCCUGUAUAGGAACAGUCUUCUGCAGCAGUUCCUGGAGGCGUGGUAUAACCAGAAGUUCCUGGGCACCCACUGCACCUUUGGGGACGACCGGCACCUAACCAACCGCAUGCUCAGCAUGGGCUAUGCCACCAAGUACACAGCUCGCUCCCGCUGUUACUCAGAGACGCCGUCAUCCUUCCUGCGCUGGCUCAGCCAGCAGACGCGCUGGUCCAAGUCCUACUUCCGAGAGUGGCUGUACAACGCACUGUGGUGGCACCGGCACCACGCGUGGAUGACCUACGAGGCGGUGGUCUCUGGCCUCUUCCCCUUCUUUGUGGCUGCCACGGUGCUGAGGCUGUUCUAUGCGGGGCGCCCAUGGGCACUGCUGUGGGUGCUGUUGUGUGUACAGGGGGUGGCCCUGGCCAAGGCCGCCUUCGCCGCCUGGCUGCGUGGCUGUCUGCGCAUGGUGCUCCUGUCCCUCUAUGCGCCCCUCUACAUGUGCGGCCUGCUGCCCGCCAAGUUCCUGGCACUGGUCACCAUGAACCAGAGUGGCUGGGGCACCUCGGGCCGGAGGAAGCUGGCAGCUAACUAUGUACCUUUGGUACCACUGGCCCUCUGGGCUUUACUGCUGCUGGGAGGCCUGCUCCGCAGUGUGAUCCAGGAGGCCCAGGCCGACUGGAGUGGCCCUGCGCGGGCAGCAGAGGCUCUGCACCUGGCCACCGGGGCCGGGGCCUAUGUGGGCUACUGGGUGGUCAUGCUGACCCUAUACUGGGUGUGUGUGAGGAGACUGUGUCGGCGGCGGUCAGGUGGCUACCAAGUUCAGGUAUGAGGCACCACGCCAAGGUCUUCAGCCCAGAACCAUUUGUGAGGGAACUCUCUGGGCCUCAGUUUACCUCCUCUGUGAAGAGAGGGGACCUGGACUGCAGUGGGGCUAGGACUUGUGGAUUUCUGGGGAGGGGUAUUUAUUAUUCAGGGUGUGGGGAUUUAGGAUGGGGAAAAAGGGCCCCCAUUUUCUCCCUGUUCUCAUUUCAUCUCUGUUUGUACUGUGAUUAGGAAGUAAUAAAGAAUUUUAUUUAUUUUCUUCGGAGUGCCAUCUCUAGUUUUUGAGAAUGUAGGAGACUGCAUGAAGGUGGGGCAGGGGGCCUCUGGACUU